AUGGGAACAACAAAACUCAAAAAGAUUGCAUCGGCCGGGAAUCGAACCCGGGCCGCCCGCGUGGCAGGCGAGCAUUCUACCACUGAACCACCGAUGCGUGUCCAAAAUGUCUACAGCCCUGCAGGAAACACCACAUAUUCAGAGGUCACAGGAACAGAUGGGAACAAAAGAAAAAAAUUGAUUGCAUCGGCCGGGAAUCGAACCCGGGCCGCCCGCGUGGCAGGCGAGCAUUCUACCACUGAACCACCGAUGCGUGUCCAAAAUGUCUACAGCCCUGCAGGAAACACCACAUAUUCAGAGGUCACAGGAACAGAUGGGAACAACAUCAGAAACUCGCGUAUAAAACAUUGCAUCGGCCGGGAAUCGAACCCGGGCCGCCCGCGUGGCAGGCGAGCAUUCUACCACUGA